AUGGUACUUAGACUUGGAACGCUCAGUUUUGGAUCACUGACUGGCCGCAGCAUGGAAAUCGCAGAAAUGCUCGAGCGUAGAAGGAUUGACAUCUGCUGCCUUCGGGAGACUCAAUGGAAAUCGAAUGGUGUCUGUCAUAUCAACUCAGACAAUGAAAUAUAUAAAACGGCCAAAAAUGGUGUUGGAAUUUUUGUCAGAGAACCGCUAGCCCAAGAAGUACUGGAUAUUAAAAGGAUUAAUUGCCAAUUUUCAAAACUUGGCAUAGAAAAGCAAACAAUGAUUAUUUUUUCUGCAUACGCACCACAGACAGGCGAAUCAGAAGAGAUGAAAAACGACUUCUGGACUGCAUUCUCUGAAACCAUCUCAACAAUACCAAAAUCUGAAACAAUCCUGAUUGGAGGCGAUUUCAACGGCCACGUUAGAGAGAAAACUGAUGGUUUUGACAACGUACAUAGUAGUUUUGGCUAUGGAGAACGGAAUGAAGAUGGCAACCGCAUCCUUGAGUUUGCUGAAAUUAUACCUGGCGAAUCAUGUGUCGCCCAACAUAGACUUCUUGUGGCAGACCUGGUUGUCGAACUGUUAAAACACAAGUCUAAACAAAUGCUUUGGAGAAUCAAAACGAGAUAUAUUUGUCAGCGGCUUUUCAAUUUCUUCUUGCGAAAGAAGCUUUUUAAAAUCGAAGCCAAUUAG